CUGCACAACCGCCCAACGAGCGGAAUAAGAACGUUUGUAAUACGAACUGGCACAAGGGUGCACAUGGACUCUUUGUGGAUUAAUAAAUGCGGCUCUGCGUGGAGGAAUUUCGCCGACCUACAUCGUUAUAUUGGAUAUAAUUUAAAUCUGGUGUCGCUCCUCAGGACUGGAACCUGGUUGCAGUGAUAUGGUGUUAUCUUUUGAAUGGCAUCGGACAGCUAUGGAUCAGAAGAGCAGCAGUGGCUUGCCAAUGACUGGUGAAGACACUGGUUUGGGGGCUUUGGCCUUACCACUGGUGGGGUAUUUGGGAAAAGUUCAGGAAAGAGCUGCUUCACUUAAGUAUUGUCCAUGGUGUACCUCGAAGGGCUCGACCUAUGCUCUGCGCUCUUAUCGCAUCAACCUCCAGGAGUCCAUCACACUCUGCACAAACCCACAGUGCCUUUUCCCCCUGGUCAGCCGCUCCUUGGAGGAUGUUUUGGCCAGCUUGGUUCCUGUGGAGCCCUCAGUUGGGAACAAGAGAAAAAAAGAAGAAGAAGAAGGAGAGUUGAUUGGUCCAGUACACAAACGCCUGCGACUGAAUGAAUCCGACAGUCUUGGACCACAAAGCAUUAAGGACGACCUCAUGAAAGAAGCCGAGCAAGGUGCUUUAAACUGUGUCAUUAAUGGCCAACAUGCAGCACCAAAGGCAGGCGAUGAAAGAGUUAAUGGAUAUAAGGAUUCUCCAGUUGUAGAGACACCGCUUCAGGAGUCAUUACAAUAUGAAGAUGAUAUUUUGGACCAGGAACCAGAGAAUGCCACUUGUACGGAUGUUUCUGCUUCUGCUACAUGUUUGACUCCAGCUGGACUCCUGCAGUGCCCAUCAGUAGCCGCGUUGACCUCUGAUGCGACUGAGGUUGCACUUUCUCAUCAUCGUGUUUCUCCUGAUGUGUCAGAGGAUGACUUCUGUCAGGAGAACAGUCCUCCUGAGGCGCUGAACAGACGCUGCAGUCUGGACUCCGAUCAGUCCUCUUUUGCAAUUGAUUCAAAUGGAAUCAAUACUCCAUCACCUCCGCACAAUGAACAGACAGCCAGGACUGCAAAGAAACCAUUGACUACAGACAGCAUCACAUGUAAGGACUUGGACAGCAUUAAGUCCAAAACGGAGUGUUUGUCCCCUACCAGGAUAACCACGCAGUCAGACGAGCUUGUAUCUGCUCCGAAUCAUCUUUUCUGGAAUAACUGUGACAACCUGUGUUGGCUGGACUCAAUGCUUAUUGCUUUGGUGAGCUGUAAGAGCUUGAGAAGGAAUAAACCCAAAGAUGAGCCUCAGCAGUCUUCUGUCUGGCAGCUGAUGAGAGGAUAUGAAGACGUUUGUGCUGCCACCCAACUCCAUCAACAGACUGACAGAGAUGGUGACGUGCGGGUGCCAUAUCAUGUGCUGCAAAAGGCCAAUGCAGAACUACACACUCUCAGGAUGUCCAUCUUCAAAAUGCUGCAGCCCAAGCUGCACUGCAAGCUGGGUCAGGAGGAGACUCCGGUGUUCGCCCUACCGCUGCUCCUGAAGACGGACUGUUGGGCGGAGCCUCUCUUCCAGUCCACCUUUCACUGGGAGUUCAAGUGCAGCGAAUGCAAAACUGCCACAAAAGAAAGGGUUAUAAAAACUCUUCCCACCUUCACAAAGGUUUUGCCUGAUUGGCGCCCUCUUGAUGCAGUCCACUUGGCCCCGUGCAAUGUGUGCUGCCAGAAGAACCAGAGAAGGACUUUGAUACUAGAGAGGUAAUAAUGAUGUCAGAAAUCAGACUA